CCAAACUCAGAACAUCAUAUUUUUGUAGAAAAUAACAUGGCGAUUUAUUUUUCCAGAAUGAUUAACAUCUGACAUAUCAAUCUUGAAAAUGAUGUUUUUGGCAAUUCUAGUUCUAUUUUCAACUCGUUUGCUUCUAUUUGAAUGCUGUGAAUAUCAAAGGAUCACGGAGCAGUUUGUAGAAUAUUUUAGAGAAACAGAGCUAAACGAUGGAAUGGUUGUAUUCAUAACCAACAACGAAGAGGAAUGUGUUUUGAACACAAACUUGGAAAAUAUUCUUAGAAUAUCCUAUACAAGCCAAACCAAACCGAACUCAACCAAACCAAAUCAAACCAACACCAAUACAAGCUUGGUUCAAACUAUGCCAGAUAAAAUUCUUAAAAAAUUCAAAGAGAAGGGAAAAUAAUCAAAAUCAUUCCGCAAAAUUAAAAAUGCGGAAUUUCGGGCAAAAGCGGAAUGCGCAAGCAAGUUUGCGAUCCACGAGAGUGGAUGCAUUUUAUUGCACACUUUAAAGGGAGUG